AUGCCAGAAUUAAAAGAGCAAUUCGAAAAGGCUGUUGAUUUCAUCCAGCGAGCUCCAAAGGAGGCUGCUCCAGGCUUUAAACCAUUAUCUACAGCUCAACGACUUGAGUUUUACGGGGCGUACAAACAGGCUACUAAUGGUCCCAACGAAACUGGCAAACCUGGUAUCUUCAACAUGGAAGGCCGGUACAAGUGGGACGCAUGGACUCAGUUAGGAAGCAUGUCAGAGAGUGAAGCCAUGCAAAAAUAUGUGGGUCUAGCUGUUCCCUUCCUCAAGCAAUUCGCCGCCAUGAGCGACGAAGACUUGGAAAAAUACUUGCAAUCCUUCAAAACUGAAUCUCGUCAAGCUGAAGUCAAGACAUUGAUUGACGAACUCAAGGCCUUUGUAGCUACUUUGUAG